AUGGAAUUUGUUUCUACACUAUUACUUGAAGCAAGCAAAAUAGCCCUUGCAUGCAGAAAAAACAUUUCAGUAUAUAAGAAAAAUACUUCAUUGAGCAGUAAAAACGAAGUGUUUACCAACGCAGAUUUAGAGGUAGAACAUUUUUUAUGUAAGGAAAUAGAAAACAGUUCCCAGCAUACCUUUGUUUUAGGAGAAGAGGGUGUAGUGGAAAAACUACAGCGCUACGAUGCGCAUCACCUUUUAUCAAAGAAAGUUUGGAUAAUAGAUCCUAUUGAUGGUACCAAUAACUUUCUUAAUGGUCUUCCAUUAUGGGGUAUAAGCAUAGGUUAUACAGAAAAUUAUGAAUUCAAACAUGGGGCUAUUGUGCUACCUGAUAUUCGUGAGAUGCAUAUAAGUACUAAGAAAGGGACAUAUUACUAUGUAUCAGAUGUCCCUUUAUCAGAAAUACAAAACAUAGAUACAUCACAACUACUUCUGUACAGCAAAGAUACAGCAGAGGGUACAGACACAGCACAUACCACGCAGAAACAACAAAGCAACAAACUCACAACCCACUCACUUGCUCGCAAGAAUCCGCAGCUUGGGUCCUGCGUUUUCUCUAUCCGCGAGGUACUGGCUGGAAACGCUACCGUCUACAGCGGAAAAGCAAAGAUCUGGGAUUACGCAGCUUGCAUCGCACUGUUUAGGAACGCGGGGUAUCCGGUGUACUUCUAUGCGAAGAACUCACAGCAACUACAAACCCUGCCAUGGAAGAUUACAAGCGAUAACUGGUCUAAGAACUACACUCACUCAAUAUAUGAUCUCGUGUUCUGCAAGGAGUACGCAAAGGGUUGCACACUCUUCUCUACUAAGAGCUAA